AUGAGACAACUAGGAGACUAUCACGACCUCGACGAGGAAAUCAUUCCGGCGGGUAUCCCCUCCGACAACGCCAUCCCAUACCGCAUCCAACAGCACUCUGAGAUUGCCCGAUUGUCUCAGGAUCCGGAAAAGACCCGCCGAACAUCGGAGCACGUGGACAAGAUAAUCGACGAGUACAAAGACUUUGAGGAACCAGAGCUUUCUCGGCCGAGGGAAGGAGGCAUUGAUGUGCCGAUGGCGCGUCUCGGUGGGCUUGAUCUGAACUACAAGAUCUGUCAAAUCGAAGAAGAUCUCUUGGCUCUUCGAGAAACAUCCGGAGAAAUCGACAAUACCAGACGAAGCCCCUGGGAACUAGAAAUGGGUUCCGAAACAAAGCUCUGGAUUACUACGGAGGGAAAUCCUGUCAAUACCAGGCACCAGAAAUCUCCAGGGGCAGACAUCAGUACGGCAGAUAUUUUGUUGGAAUCCGACGAACACUACUGGUGUCACGCCGCCGGCUCGUGGAUGCAUCAAGAAGGAACAUCAAAGGACGACCCUGCUCAGCCCCUGCCUCAGCGCCAUGUCGUUGCGAACAUCGUGCCGCAUUUCUCGAACGUACCUUCUGGAAUCUUAGAGGAUCUUUUCCGUGAGAGAACGGACGAUUUGAGCGGACCAGCGAAUUCACUUCUACUUUCGAAGCAGAUUCAAAGACGGUUCGCUCAUUAUAAGCUCGUCAUCGUCCCUGUUGAUCCAGAGGAAAGGUCAAUCACACGAUGGAAGAUCGACAUCCUCGACAAGAAAAUAGAAAAGGUUUGCCUCGAAGACGUAACCUUCACACCUGGCGGCGAUAGACGACCUUUCAGCGCCAGAGGUCUUCAGGACAGAGAAUUGGUAUUCCUCAACGACAAGCGGCCGGCUGCACGAUUCCUAUAUUUCCAUUUCAUUAUGGCACUUACCCGCUUGAAGGAUACCAAGGCAGAGAGCUGGAAAGACGCCCGGGCAAAGUACUUGUCCCAUAACCCAUCCCCAACCCUUCUUCACUUCCUGCCCUCUUAAGGGGUAACACCCUUCUCUCCCCCCUUCAUCAUGGGCCACCGCUAUUAUCACUGGUACACAUUUCUACUAGAUAAGGUGUAUUCUUCUACGUAGAUGAGAAUGAUUUUGAUACAAAGGGGCAGUACUUGUGAUGUGAGUAGUGAAGGGGGGACUAAUUGAAAUGUAU